AUGACUAUACAUAUGGACAUUCUAGCGUCUGGCAUCUACGGCCUUAUGCCUCACACGUCGGUCAGACUUGUAUCUACUGGUACCAUGACCAUUCAAAAAAAGCUCAUCAAAAAUGAGAUAUUUGCUCGAGAUCCUGGUAACGCUUGCGUUCGAUGGAUUGACCUUGUAUUCUGGGACAUGAUUUCAAAUGCUUAUUUAGACACGGGAAUCAUUCACGAUUCAACAAGAUACGACGACGCGAGUGAGAAUUUAGUGUACCGCUUUGCGAUCAUUGUUAGCUUGAGUAGUAGUACUCCAUCUGCCACAGCAAUUCAAAACGGUCCAUCUCACGGUGAUGAGCACCCUGUCAGCUCUGUACCAGCUGUGUGUGAUCACUUAUUUGGUGACCCAGCGUUGAUGGUCAAUGGCGCAAUGACACUGCAUCGAUAUAUCGCUAUAGUCAAGAUUUAUAACGGUAAAAGAUUUACCUCAGCUUUCUCCAAGGACAUCGGUAUGGAGGACACCGGCUCACAGGAGGCCUCCCCUGCUCUUUCUUCAAGUCUAGUGAGCGGGACCACUAUGGGUCUGAAGUUUGGGCAGUAG